AGUCCACUGCUUGACUUUGUACCCUGAACUGAAAAUAAUCAAACCAAAAUGUACACCAAGGUACUUUGCUUAGCCGCCCUUGUCGCUGCUGUAGUCGCGCAUGAACACCACCACCAUCAUGAUGCGCACUCAUCUCAAUACAUCAAGCGCCACGAUGAACAUCACCAUCAUGGACAUGAACAUCACCAUCACGGACAUGAACAUCACCACCAUAGCCAUCCCAAAUAUGAGUUUGGAUACAAAGUAGAAGACCAUCACACCGGCGACAUCAAGUCUCAGCACGAGACCCGCGACGGUGAUGUCGUCAAAGGCUCCUACUCUCUUCACCAGCCCGAUGGCCACGAAAGACAUGUGCACUAUCACGCCGACAAGCACUCUGGGUACAAUUCACUUAAACUACAAUAUCGUGAAUUUUCUUUUCAGAUUAUUUGUUUCGCUGCCAUCGUUACCGUAGUUGUAGCGCAUGGACACGUAGCUUACUCGUCACAACACAUCUCACGUCAUGACGGACAUCCACAUGUCGUUCACUAUAAGGGACAUGAGCAUGGUCACGGACACGUCGACUAUCAUGCUCACCCAAAGUACCACUUCGAGUACAAAGUACACGACAAGCAUACAGGCGAUAUCAAGUCUCAACAUGAGAGCCGUGAUGGUGAUGUCGUGAAGGGAUACUAUUCGCUUCACCAACCUGAUGGCCAUGUUAGAACUGUCCACUACCACGGCGACCACCACACGGGAUUCCACGCUGAUGUGAAGUACGGUGUACACCACAUUGUCCCCAUUAAGCACCACCACUGA